CCAGAGUGUCUGGUUUCUGUUCAAGGACAAAUGGCACAGCAUACUUUCCAAGAUCAAGAACAAAGGACCUCCAUACAGCAGAAUAGAAUGGUCAACUGGACCUCAAGUCUGAGAGCCAGUAAGGAAUUGAGAAGCCUGAAACUUGCAGGAAGAUGAAAAUCUGUUCCAAGAGUAUGAAGUCUCUUGAAGACAGCUGCAGGACUAUGAGGAGAAAUAAAAAUCCACUGAUGACACCAUGCAACCAAAGGAAAUACAGCUAACAAUAACUGAAGCCCUCUGGGACCAAGUACUAAUGGCUUUUAGGGAUAUACAAAAAGAGCUGCAGGUAGAUGCUCGGAUUCGAGGGAUGAGCAACUGCUCCAUGAUACCCAGGUCAUUUGCAUUUGGGACUGGGUUUCACCCACAUGGCCUUUCCCCUGAGGUCUCCCCUGCCCAUCCUUCUAUAGUCAAGAAACCACGCCUCAUGGGUCCUCACUCGAACAUGAGAGAGCAGCGCCAAACCAAGCAGGGCACAGCUUAGGUUGCCUGAAAAAAAGAGAAGUUACUCGGCAGACAUCACCUCUGACCCAGAAGAGAAACUGAGCCUCAUGGACAAAGAUACCAUGAUCUUCGGCCACACCUGGUAACUUGGAAAUUGAAUGAGACCCAAGCACAUCACAACUGCCAAGCAAAGAAACCAGCAAACAAACAACCAGUAAAAUAAAUGUGAUAUAAAAGGCA